CGAUGGAAAACGCUUAUGUCUUCUAAGUGCAGUUGCCCAGGUGCUGCAUGCUUGGAAAUCCCAGCGUCGCAGGAUCCGGACCACCCCUCCACUGCUGCUGUGCACCUCAAAGACCAAGAGAGUUUUUGAUCCAAGCACUGGAAAGAAUAAAGCUUGCAAAACGAACUGGUGUGGAUUAUCCCUAUCUUAUGGACGAAUCAAAUUUAGAAGCUAUGUUUGAGAUGUUAGACACUGCAAGUCAAGGCUAUAUAACACUGGUGCAGUACAAAGAAGCUCUUAAAACCUUGGGGCUAAGUGCUCAGGAUGUGUCUUAUGAAGAUGGCACAAAUAUCACACUGGAAAUAUUCAAGGAAGAAGUGAAGAAAAAGAUGCUGGCGAGCUGGGUAGUGUAUUAGUAUCAACAACUAUCGUGACUAUUUCCCUAAAGUCUCAUUCUUAUGUUUUAUGGCCUUUAAGGUAUAGAUAAUCUCUCUCAUCCAAAAUAUAUUCUUGGGCUA